AUGUCGCAAGAUAUCCGGACCCCAACGCCGAUGGGUGCCAUCGUCUAUCCGCGGAGAUAUGUCGACAUGUCAAACGCCAUUCGUGCAGAUCGAUGCCACCAACCCCGAAACAAACGUCUACUUUCUUCGGAACGAGCAGCCCUCGGUCAGGCGGGCCUUGCCACCGGUGGGUUGGCAGAGGACCGUGGUGCAGCCCUGGCAGAUGACGACGGUCUGGGCGUGCGAGAAGACGGUUGUGAUGGUGAAGCAGCCGGGGCACUUGACGUCCAUGAAGAAGGACCGGGGCGCGGGGACCAGAGUCUGUCGCCGUCAUCGUCAGUCACCGUCGUCCGUCUCCGUCGUCGACUGGGGACCUCGGCCGUUCGAGCGAGCGCGUACCUUGAGCUUGUGCUUCUUGGCCUCGGCGGCCUGCGAAGGGUUGAGGAGAUCGACAGCGAGAACCUAACUUCGUCAGCGGCGGUCCGUGGAUUGAUGCUUGGAUCUGUCGACGGCGUCUCGCGGAAGCAGACUAGCGCGCUAGGGUUUUCAGGCCCAUUCUCACGUGACGCCACCCGUGCGCCUCGAUUCGCCGGUGAACCUCGACAGGUGGGGCCCCGUAAAAAUGGGCCUCUGACUUUCAGUGCGAGCCGCGAGGCUGCGGCCGGCCAGAGUGACGGCCGCUUUGCUUUCCUUGACGCCGCCGACGACGUGCACCGAUCUCUCUCGGGCCGCAGCAUCAUGGCGGCUCCCGGCGACCAACGCAUCGCCGUCCCCAUCGACGACCCCAACGCCGACACCGAAUGGAAUGACAUUCUGCGCAAGCAUGGCGUCAUCCCCGAGAAGCCGCCGAGCCCGACGCCCAUGAUCGAGGAGGCGCUCGCCGAGGGCCGUCGGCUCGCGUACGAGAAUCGGCUCGAGGGCAAGGACCUCGACGAGCUCGACGAGCUCGAGGAUCUCGAGGACGACGAAUUUCUCGACCAGUACCGACGGAAGCGCAUGGCCGAGCUGAACAGCCUGCAGAAAACCUCGGUCCACGGCUCCGUCUAUCCGAUAUCGAAGCCCGACUACCAGCGGGAGGUGACCGAGGCGUCGCGGGACGGACCGGUGCUCGUCAACCUCACGUCGACCGUGGGCACCAACGUCGAGUCGCGCGUCCUCACCGAGCUCUGGCGGCAGGCGGCGCGCGAGUACGGAGACGUCAAGUUUUGCGAGAUUGGCGCGAGCCAGGCCAUCGAGAACUACCCCGACCGCAACUGCCCGACCAUCCUCGUCUACGACAAGGGCGACAUCGUCAAGCAGGUGGUGACGCUCAUGACGGUCGGCGGCGUGCGCAUGGGCAUGCGUCAGGUGGACGACGUGCUGGUCGAGGUCGGCGCCGUCUCGGACAAGGACAUGCGCGUCGUCAAGAGGAGGCAGCAGGCCGAGGACGCCGAAGAGGAGCGGCUGGCUGGCGUGACGAGAGGCACCACUGACGACGACGACGACGACGACGACGACUGGGAUUGA